AUGACUCUACCACUUGCUAAAGAUUUCUCUCAUUUAUUCUCUGACGAGACUAACGCUCGUAAACCAUCUCCUUUGAAAACUUGUAUCCAUCUUUUCCAAGAUCCAAAUAUCAUCUUCCUAGGUGGUGGUCUACCAUUAAGUGAUUAUUUCCCAUGGGAUAACGUCGAUGCUGACACUCCAGCUCCACCAUUCACAAAAGGGAUCGGUUACCCAAUCACCGAUUUAUCAACUGAUUCCAUCUCAAAAUUAACCAUCCACAAGAAUGAUAAACCACAUGAAGGUGACAUUCCCUUGGCAAGAUCUUUACAAUACGGAUUCUCUCAAGGUCAACCUGAAUUAUUAGAUUUCCUAAGAGAACACACUAAAUUGAUUCACGACAUUAAAUACCAAGAUUGGGAUAUCAUCGCUACCGCUGGUAACACCAACGCUUGGGAAUCCACAUUAAGAGUCUUUUGUAACAGAGGUGAUGUCAUCUUAGCUGAAGCUCAUUCAUUCUCUUCAUGUUUAGCUGCUGCUCAAGCUCAAGGUAUUACCACUUUCCCCAUCCCAAUCGAUGACAACGGUAUCAUUCCUGAAAAGUUGGAGAAAAUCUUGGAUAAUUGGACUCCAGGGGCUCCAAAACCAAAAUUAUUAUACACUAUCCCAACAGGUCAAAAUCCAACUGGGACAAGUUUGCCCGCUCACAGAAUGGAAGAAAUCUAUCGUAUUGCUCAAAAACAUGAUUUCUUAAUCGUUGAAGACGCUCCAUACUAUUUCUUACAAAUGGACAAAUACGUUAAAGAUGUCAAUGAAAGAACUGCAUUAAGAUCUCAAGUAAAGAAGCAAACUCAUGAAGAAUUCUUAAAAGCCUUAGAUAAGACUUUCUUAAGUUGUGAUAACGAUGGUCGUGUUAUUAGACUAGACUCCUUCUCAAAAGUAUUGGCUCCUGGAACAAGAUUAGGAUGGAUCACUGGUUGUAAAUCCAUCUUGAAAUCAUUCGUUUCCUUACAUGAAAUGACUAUUCAAGCUCCAUCUGGUAUGAUUCAAUCAUUCGUCUCUGGAACUUUACAUAGAUGGGGACAAAACGGUUAUUUGGAUUGGUUGCAAGGUCUACGUCAUGAAUAUACAUUGAAACGUGAUAACGCUAUUGACGCAUUACAUGAAUUCUUACCUAAAUCAGAUGCAUUCGUCAUUAAUCCUCCAAUUGCUGGUAUGUUUUUCACCGUCAAUAUUGACGCUAGUGCUCAUCCAGAAUUUAAGACUAAAUAUGAAUCUGAUCCAGCUAAAGUGGAAAACGCAAUCUACGAAAAAGUUAUUCAAUAUGGUGUCUUGAUUGUACCAGGUGCUUGGUUCAUUACUGAAGGUGAAACAAAUCCACCACAACCUGCUGAAUCAAAACAAGUGGAUAAUCCAAAUGAAAUCUUCUUUAGAGGAACUUAUGCUGCCGUAUCUGCUGAGAAAUUAAGAGAGGGUUUGAAAAGAUUGGGUGAAUGCUUAUACGAAGAAUUCCAAAUUGCCAAAUAA